CUACCGUAAAUUAAGUCGGAGAAGAAGAGGAGCGGCUUUGUGAGAAACAAACGUUAUCACCGGGAGCCGUUUGUGGCCUUUAGGGGCUGAAAACAGAUAAAUAAUCACGUUGAAGACGCUUGGGGUUUCUAAAUUAUGUGGAUACAGACUCCAGUGCAUCCAGGUUCAAGUUAAGGAUUGCGGACAACAAUUUUAAGACGGUCAUUAGCGAGCGAACCGAACUUUUUCAAGCAUUUGAGACGCAAGAAGAAAAAAGCCAGUGAAUCCUCUGGAUCGAGUCAUGUCUCGCAGAAGAAGCCGCAGCCCAUCACCAGGGCGGUUUUCACGCUCCUGCAGCAGUAGCGAUCCGAGAGAUUUGGAGAGGCGCAUUUUUGUUGGGAAUUUGCCGACCUCCGACAUGGAAAAGAAGGAUCUGGAAGAGUUGUUCAGCCCGUAUGGGAAGAUACUUGGGGUGUCCAUGUUUCGUGGGUUUGGAUUUGUACAAUUUGAACGUGUUGAGGAAGCCGAAGCUGCAAAGGCGGCCCAAAAGGGUCGAAUAUAUAAAGGUUAUAAAAUAGAUGUAAAUAUGGCAGUGGAGCGCCGGCAAGCUAAACCUCAAUCCCAGCAGAGCCCUCCACGAAGGGCCCCGUAUGGAAGUUACGGGGACAGCAAAGAGCCUCGACCUCGGUCACGCUCACCUGUUUAUGGCCGUGAGUCUCGGGACAGCCGUGAUGGUCGUGAGUCUCGGGAAAGCCGUGAGGGACGCGAGGGACGUGACGGACGCGAGUCUCGGGACAGCCGUGAUGGGAGGGACUCGGGUAGAGAGUCGAGGAGUCGUGACAAUGAUUACCGUUACCGAAGCUCAGAGAGCAGAGACAAAGAGCCCAGAGGCCCGGACCCCCGGGAACCUGCAUACAGCAGAGAAGACUAUGACCGAUAUUACCGCAGUGGCAGCGCGGCGGAAGAGUACUACCGGAGGAAGGACGAACCCUACAGGGACGCUUACAGAGAUCCCUGGAAUGGACGCCGUGAGCCAGAAGCAGCAGACGAUCGUGCUCGACCAGAAGAGCGUCGGCGUAACGAAUUGUAUCGACAGUACUAUGAAGAACUCCAGCGGCGCUACGACACGGACCGUCCCGUCGACUGCUCUGUGAUUGUUGUCAACAAGGCGCAGAAUAGGGAGUAUGCUGAGACAGUUGGGCGGAAAGUCCGUGAUUUGGGCAUGGUGGUGGAUCUGAUCUUCCUCAACACAGAAGUGUCACUAACCCAGGCUCUGGAGGAUGUGGGCCGAGCCCGCACUCCCUUCGCCAUCAUCAUUACCCAGCAGCACCAGGUCCACCGGUCCUGCACUGUCAACAUCUUGUUUGGCACACCGCAAGAGCAUCGAAACAUGCCGAUGCAGGACGCCAUGAUGCUGGUUGCCCACAAUUAUGACGCAUACAAAGUUGAAAACCGUGAAAAAGAGCGCGAGGAGAUCGCGAGAAAGGCUGCCAAGAUGGCGGACGAUGUAUUACUGAGGGAGUCGGACAGAGAGAGCCACCCGAUUUCUCUGCUCACCACCAUCACACUGCUGGCUGAAAACAGAUUUGUAACCCCAGAGGAAGUGGAUAGCCUCAUUGCGUAUCUGAAGGACAAAAGAGCCCGGAUGCUACGAACGACUGCAGACCCUCUUUCAGCUGCGGUCCACACCGUCGCUCCUGCAGCAGUCCACCACGACGUUCCUCCUUCAGCUGCAGGACUUCCUCCUCCCUCCCAUGCUACACUCACAUCCCCACAGACCAGCCACCUCGGCCUAUCAGCUGCAGCGAGCGCCUCCGCUAACCCCAACCAUCAGCAGGAGCUGCAGGCUAAAAUCCUCAGCCUGUUCAACAGCGGCACCGGGGCGGCAGCAGGUACUGGUAUCCCUCCCUCCGCCGCCCAGCCGCAGGGCUACCCCUCUCUUGUUCCACCCACCUCUCAAAACCCAACCCGCCAACCCAUACCCGGGCCCUCUCCAGUCUUAGCACAGGGUUAUGGCACCCAGCAGAGCCGCAUGCCAGGUGCAGCAGUGGCUCAAAGACCCCCCAGUGCCGCUUCAGGUAUCAACUUUGAUAACCCGAGCGUACAGAAAGCUCUGGACACGCUGAUCCAGAGCGGACCGGCUCUCAACCACCUGGUGGGCACUACUUCAGCUCAACAGCCGCCCCCCAGGCCCGCACCCAACAUGUCCCAGGUCCCGCCGCCAAUGUCCAUGUAUCCCCGACAUUACUAAAGGGUUGUAGUGAAUUCAUUUCUUCUCCCAAUGUGAGGUCCGCCUCGCCCUGUGACAUCAGUAGACACUCUGUGCCGUGAGUUUACCAGCUGUGUAUAGGUAGAUUGUUCGGUUGGAUGUUUUGUAAAAGCUUUUAAUCUUUUUAUUUUAUUUUUUAUUCCGAGUGUUGUGCUCAGUUGAUUAAAUUUACUUAAAUAAUUUGUCCAGACUAACGAGUGGUCUGCAUUUUCUAUUGUUGGAUCAUCAUUGAGGAAAAGUUGCAUGUGUAAAGUACAGUAUAUUUUGGUUUAUGACGGACUCCUUUAGUUCUUUCCCAACCAUGAUCUAUUGUGUUUUAUAGCAUAGUGUCUUUUCAAUUUGUAACAAUUGCAUUGUCAAAACAAGACAUGAUUAAAAACCCAAGACACGAUUGCUGUAAUAAAA